UGGGACAUGUGUGAGCCCAGUUUCACCUGUCCUCCGCGGUUCCACGCUGUGCUCAUGGGAUUAAAAGACCGUGGCUUUUGAAUAUACAUGAGGCGCCUGGGAGGAUGAUUUCACGAUACAGCAGAAGACCAGUAUCGCACAAACUUGAAAUUCGUGGUUUGUCUCGGAGCAGCCUUGACCACCACCCUGUCCCUGAAGAGGCAGAUGAUGAUCAGUCUACCCCACGCUACCUCCAUGACCUCCAGGAAGGGUGUUCUACUCACAACAGCUCCGAGACAUCUGCUGCAUCAGUCCACUCAGACUGUUCGACUAUUAUUACCGUGGACUUUAAUCAGUCCUGGUCAGGUCUUCAGAGUUCAACAGGAACUGGCAUCUCCACAGAGAGGAGCUCUGUUUUCUCCUGGGGCUAUGAUGAAUUUGACAAGGCUGCAUCACGGCAGGUGCAGCAAAUGUUUGAGGAGAUCGACAAAGAGCUUUAUGAGGGUAGAGGCAGUGGGGGAGGGAUUCUGCCAGGUCUGCAAGAUGAAUGUCAACAAUGGGCUUCACGAUUUCCACAUCUUCGAAUCAUUGGCACUCAGUUGGUGUGUCCCACUGAUGAAGGCUUCCAGUGGUAUUCUACCUCAGGAAAAAGCUGUUCAUCUAGCAGUCUGUCAGCAGUCAAAGAGAGCAAUGUCAAAUCCCCAGAGAGCAACCACAGCAACACAGAGCUGAAUGUUCAAGGUAAAAAAGCAUUGUUGAGAAAACCCUCCUCAUCAGAAUUCAAAGAACUUCCAGGGGCCUCCAGUGGAUCCAGCCAUCAUGACAACUCCAAAGUGAUAGAAGUGGAGGGUGUCAUGGAGGAGUACCUGGCGUUUGAUAGCCAGGAUAUGGAUGGUGAAAGAGAGCCUAACAGUUCAGAUUCGGGGCGUAGGUAUCAUUGCUUACCGCCUGUCUCCCCAUACCGCUGUCGGCGUCAGGCUGUUCUGGACCUGUUGUUUGAUGAUGUGUGGCGGCAGCUGGUUGGGUGGACAAAAGAGCUUGUUCAACGGCAUUGGGAAGGGUGUACUUUGAUCAAUGAAGAAAAGCUUUGUGGAAACUUAAGCCCUGUCCCACAAAAAUCAAGCCAUCCAUUCAUGCUGCUCUCUACUCUGCCUACCACACUUCCCAAACUGGGUCUGGGCAGGGUGCCCCCACUUGCAGGCUUACCAAUACAAAACACUAAGUCAAGGGGCUCAAAGCACAAGUCCAGACGGAAAACCAAAAAGCAGAAAAGGCCUUCCAGUACUGCAAGAGCCCCUGUUGGAGCAGCAGUACAGCACAACCUGAACGACCUCAUUGUCAUCCAAAGCAUACCUCUUCAACAGAGAAAUCUGACUACACUGGAUAGGAGCCAAGACCCAGAUGAGAGGCUGUACCCCAGACCAGGCUCUAGUGUUGUUCCUUCAAACAAAGCUCGUCCUCGGCGGAUGCUAGAGCAGAGCUCCUCCUCUUUGUCCCGUCCAGCACAGUCAGCCCGGCGCAGAAACCCUCCUCCCCGCACGCUCCUGCCCCUGGUCCCUUCUCUGAGUCAGUCUACAGCAGGCUCUAUGGAUGAGAUCAUCCGUGGGACACGAUUGCCCACAGCAAACACAUCUCCACUGCUACCUCUGAGCAGAAACACCCUUCUUCCCCCCAUUGGCACUGGAGAUCAAGAGACAUCUUAUGCACUGCCAAACUCUAAGCCUGCACAGCGUCAGAAAGGACCAUCCAGCCGCGCUCACAGUGCUGUAAAUGAAGAAGCUGGCAGCUCCAUACCCAGAGAUCGUCAUCACCUACUCGAUGCUUUCUCUCGCCCUAACACCACCCACACAUACAGGUCAGACACUCCUUAUCGUCGCUCCUUCACUAUAUUAGAUAACAUCAGUCAGGGGAGGCCAGGAAGGGCCUCUGUGGCAGCAGAUGCUUUGGGUAUUGGUGUGACUGGUGUUAGUCUUGGCAUCAGCAGCUCUUCCUUUUUGGAGUCAUUUUCCCACCAUCCAUUGAGCCACUCGCCCAUCAAAGAUGAAGAUGAACCAAAUUCACACGGUGCUGUCCCAGCUCCACUGAUGCCUGUGUCCAUCCCACGACCUUAUACUCGAGGAGGAAUUUCAUCCAGAGCUGGAAGACCUGGUUUAUAAUGUCUAUACUACAAUGGGACAAAAAAGUAUUUAUUCAGCCACCAAUUGUGCAAGUUUUCUCACUUAAAAGAUGAGAGAGGCCUGUAAUUUUCAUCAUAGGUACACUUCACCUAUGAGAGACAGAAUGGGAGGAAAGAAUCCAGGAAAUCACAUUGCAGGACUUUUAAUUAAUUGCUAAAUUCAUCGGUAAAAUAAGUAUUUGGUCACCUACAAACAAGCAAGAUUUCUGACUCUCACAGAUCUGUAACGUCUUUAAGAGGCUUCUGUCCCCCACUUGUUACCUGUAUUAAUAUCACCUUAUUGAACUUGUUAUCAGUAUAAAAGACACCUGUCCACAACCUCAAACAGUUAGACUCCAAACUCCACUAUGACCAAGACCAAACAGCUGUCAAAGGACACCAAAAACAAAAUUGUAGACCUGCACCAGGCUGGGAAGACUCUGCAAUAGGUAAGCAGAAGAAGAAAUCAACUGUGGGUGUAAUCAUUAGAAAAUGGAAGACAGACAAGGCCACUGAUAAUCUCCCUCGAUCUGGGGCUCCAUGCAAGAGCUUGCCCCGUAGGGUCAAAAUUAUCACAAGAACUGUGAGCAAAAAUCCCAGACUCACACGAGAGGACCUAGUGAAUAACCUGCAGAGCCAAGACCAAAGUAACAAAGGCUAUGCCAGGGACUCAAAUCCUGCAGUGCCAGAUGUGUCCCCCUGCUUAAGCCAAUACAUGUCCAGGCCCGUCUGAAGUUUGCUAGAGAGCAUUUGAUUGAUCCAGAAUGUAUGGUCAGAUGAACACCAUACCUAUUGUGAAACAUGGAGGUGGAAACAUCAUGAUUUGGGGCUGUUUUUCUGCAAAGAGACCAGGAUGACUGAUCUGUGUAAAGGAAAAUGAAUGGGGCCAUGUAUCAUGAGAUUUUGAGUGAAAACCUCCUUCCUUCAGCAUGGGCAUUGAAGGUGAAAUGUGACUGGACCUUUCACCGUGACAAAGGUCCCAAGUACACCACCCAGGCAAUGAAGGAGUGGCUUCGUAAGAAGCAUUUCAAGGUCCUAGAGUGGCCUUGCCAGUCUCCAUAUCUCAACCCCAUAGAAAAUCUUUGGGAAAAGUUGAAAGUCCAUGUUGCCCAGCGAUAGCCCCAAAACAUCACUGCUGUAGAGGAGAUCUGCAUGGAGCAAUGGGCCAAACUACCAGCAACAGUGUGUGAAAACCUUGUGGAGACUUGCAGAAAACGUUUGACCUCUGUCACAUACCCUUUGUUGGCAAUGACAAAGUAUCGAGAUUAAUUUUUGUUAUUGACCAAAUAGUUAUUUUCCAUCAUAAUCUGCAAAUAAAAAAAAUCAGUGUGAUUUUCUGGAUUUCUUUUUUUUUCUCAUUUGUCGCCAAUAGUUGAAGUGUACCUAUGAUGAAAAUUACAGGCCUUGCUCAUCUUUUUAAGUGGAAGAACUUGCACAAUUCGUGGCUGACUAAAUACCUUUGCCCCACUGUACCUUAACAUCAGCCAUUUGCAACAUACUGCAGUGCUGCUACAUCAAUCGUGCCCUCUAAACAUUUAGUUUGUAAAAUUAGCCGUUUUCAAAUCUGUGCUACUUGGAAAAUUGCAUACAUUUUACAGGGGUAUUUUUAUGCCUCUAAACAAGUAAAAACAGCUGCCAAAAACCUUAAAAAAGCUAAUUCUAUUACAAUAUGAGCGUCUACAAGAGAUCAGUUGUGACAUGUUUAAAAUGUAAAUGUGUAUAUUUAUGUCAGUGUACAGUAUAUUGUUUGAUUGUACAGUUUUAAAAACUAUGCAGGGAAUGACAUCCACAGGGAUACAGAAGCACUUUUUAAAGCUCCGUUUAGUACUGUAAUUUUAUACAAAUUUUACAGAAUGACCACUUUCUUUUGCACAAAUGAACAAGACAAUAUGCGAUGCCACAUCUGCAAUGCCGUUUCUGGUAGCUGUUUCCCCUCAACAUCAGGGCCUAAUUAAAAAACAAACAAACAUUGAAGUCAGAACAAUCAUUAAAAGUGAUUUAACAUGGAGUGGAUGGUUUGUGCAUUUUAUACUGGGACAGUCUUGCUGUUAAUAUGCAUCUUCUGACAGCAUGUGAGGGACAAAGCUACAAAUCCAGAUUUCUUUUAAAUAAAAGCCACCAUAUAUUAAAUUCAUUUAUUUGACUUAUGAUCACAUGAACAAACAUUUAGUAUUUUAAACAUAAAAGUUAAAACAGAUAACCCCGACUUGUGUACAAGACUUAAAAUGGUAUAGAUGCUAUAGGCACUUGCCUUUUGAACCAGAUGUUACUUUUUUCCUUUUUUUGAUUUUCCAGUUUUUGGAGCAUAUUUUUCUUCCAGGUUAGUCAGAAAACUGUUAAAGUUCUUGACACUGGAUGCCUGUCUUAGCUGAAAGAAAAAAAAAAAAAUCCUCACAUACAUGUACAAUAGAAACACACUCAUGGGACAUACCUUAAUCAUCUUUGUCAAACUCUCAUCAUCAUCUCCAAGACCCAUUUCUUUCUGCAUUUGCUCAGCUUCUUGUCUCUCUUUGUCAGCCUGUUGAAACCAAAUAUAUUAAUUGCCUCUGAAAAAUGUAAUUACUAAAUUACUCCAUCACAAUCCGUACCCUCUUCCUUCUGGCCUUUUUCUUCUUUUCACUUUCUUUAGUGAAAGCAGACAAUGUAGCCACUUCAUUAUUAUCAAUGGCAUCCUGGAUGAUGCUGGAGAUUCUCGGCUCGUCAUCUGCAGAGCCGCACAGAACGGACUCCAUGAUGGCGUCCAUGUCCCCCUUGUAUCGCACAUAAUACUGAAGAAUAUCC